UCUGCCUAGCAAGUGUGAGGCCCUGAGUUCAAAUCCCAGAACCGCAAAAAAAUGUUUUUCUUGAUCUGUAUCAUUCACUUUGACAUGGAUGUGAACCACAAGAUGAAGCAAGUGAGAGAAACAGCAGACAUUUCCCAAGAGUCUUGGAAAGAAAAGCUUCCUCUGCUAUCCUAAGGGUUCAGAAUGGCUUAAUCUUCCUGAGCAGUGUUCCCAGGAUUCCUGCAUCUCAUCAUCAGAGAUCAAGGCAGUUAUUCCUUGUCGAUGAUUUAGAAAUUUCUUUCAGAGACGGAAUCUUGCUAUAUUACCCAGGUUGAACCUGAACUCCUGGGCUCAAGAGGUCCUCCUACCUCACCCUCCUGAACAUGGUUUUUUGAACUCUGUAACUGCUGAGUCAAAACCACAACAAAGAGGUCCAGGCACAGUGGCUCACUCCUGUAACCCUAGCUACUCGGGAGGCAAAGAUCAGGAUGAUCACUGUUCGAGGCCAGUCAGGGCAAAAAGUUAGUGAGACCUCAUCUCAGUAAGUUGGGCAUGGUAAGGUGUGUCUGUUAUCCUAGCAAUGCAGGCAGCAUAAACAGGAGGGUCUCUGUUCGCAUGGCCUAGGUAAAAAUGCAAAACCCUAUCCUAAAUAUAAAUAAAGCCAAAAGGCCUGGGCUGAGGUGUGGCUCAAGUGGUAGAGCACCUGCCUCGCAAGUGCAAGGCCCUGAGUUCAAACCCCAGUUUUACAAACAAAAGCAAAAAAGCAACAGUGAGAUUGUGGACCAAGGUGUUAACCAGCAAAGACAACCCAGCUGAGGACACAACCAGCCUCAGAACACUCCCCAGCAAUGACUGUCAGAUUACAGGGAUUGAUUUCUUCAUCCCCUAAGAAGGCAGAAGUCCGAUUGCUAGAACAUUCCUGUUAUCCUUGCCAUUGGUGGGGGGGCGGGCUGUGGGGGGAGCGGAAACCAUCCUCCAGGGAUGGAGGUACAGCAAGGCCUCUGGUGGACAGGAAAAGGGAAGGGCACUUUCAUGCCAUCCUGAUGAACCCAGUUAUUGGCAGGCACCCCAACCCCUGGCUGCAGAGGAUACCAGGCAGAGGUAACAGUUGGAGAGCUGACUGACAGGGGCUGCGAGGGGGUCCACAUACAUGCACACCAAGCAUGCAGGCUAAUGCCCCCACAAUGACACGUUCCCUCUCUCACAGCCUGGUGCAGCACCCUGACAGUUUCCAACACUGUCAUACACCGUCACAACAAGGCCUGAUCUAUCUGCCCAGGACCCCAGAAUUGGCUGCACUGCAGCCUAGCAGCUGCAGGCCCGCCAGCCCUCCCUCUCCUUCAGGGCUGGGUUUUUCCAGCCUGAGUCUCACUCCCUCUACUGCAAUCUCUGGAAACUGGAGUCUGACGCGGCUGCUCCUGCCAUUAUUUAUUUAUUUCCUCUUUUCUUCCCGCCGAGACAGACCCUCCUGACAGGAGAGCUGCAGUCUGGGGACAGAGACAGAAGGAGGCUGCAGGGAGACCCAGGAGCAGAGGACACGGGGAGGCCCCCUUAGAAGCUCCCAUCCACUCAUCCCAGAGGCCAUGAGUUCCCAGCAGGAGGCCAGGAGAGAUGAGGGAGACACCAGGAAGAGGGGACAGGAGGCAGAGCUUCGGGACCAAGCCCACCUGAGCCGGCAGCGCCAUAUCAAACAGGCCACCCAGUUUCUGCACAAGGACUCAGCUGACCUGCUCCCCCUGGACAGCCUCAAGAGGCUUGGCACUUCCAAAGACCUGCAGCCGCACAGCGUGAUCCAAAGACGCCUGGUGGAAGGGAACCAGAGUUGGCUUCAGGGGGAGUCUCCACUUGUGCAGGAGGUGAUCUGUGGCCAGGACAGCAAGAGGAAAAGCAGGGGGACAGAGGUUCCAGCUCUUCUAGUCAACUGCAAGGUGAGAGGCUUCCCAGGGCAUGGCCUGAGCCUGUUCUCCUUUCAGCCCCGGCCGGCAAGGGAGGGAGGGAGAAAAGGCGCUCUUAGCCUAAACCUAAAAAUAGGAACCCUGCACUUUCUUCUCUGCCUCAACUCAUCUUCUCUCUGUGCAGUUCCAUCUGCCAGCACCAUUACACUAUGGUCUCCUCCCCGUAUCAAAGCACACUUAAAUGUGAACAAGGAAGCACCCUUCAUUCCCAAAGAUGUGUGCAUGCAUGGUAAACGCAACUCUCUUUGCAAAACCAAAAGCUCAGGUUCCAAGAUGAAGGACUCCUUGUCUCUUGAGCCACUGCAUGGCCCACUCACCAUUGGCCCCUUACGGUUAAUGCCCAUCGCUCCUGUGCCUAGAGGGCUAUCUGCCUGCUCUCCACGCACCUGAUGUCCACUUUCUACAAUCUUUAAAGGCCCAGCUCAGAUGUCACCUGUCCUUGAAAGCUUUUCUCCAUUCUCUAGUAGGGAACAGCUUUUUCUUCCUCUCAGCCUCUUAGGAACUUGACUUAGAAUUCUUUCAUGGACCU